UCGAUCGUACGCUUCGUGCCAAAGGAAAGCGCGGUUUCCCGUAGCGUAGCGCCACCGCCUGCCGCGCCGCCGCGUGGCUGCCCGCGUCCCCCCGCCGCCGCUCUCCAUUAAGACCCGGAUCAGCUGCUCCCCGCGCCGCGCGGCCGGCCAGCAGUUCGUUGCACUUGUACGUCCCUGCUCGAUCCAUCCCCGGCCGUCUGCCUGGCCUGUCUGCGCCGGCCGCGCGUCGCCCCCACGCGGUCGACUACUCCAACCCCGCUCGCCGCACCGGCCCUGCGCACCGCGCCGCCGCCGCAGCAGCAGCAGCAGACGCAUGCAGCUUUUUCUGUAGGCAAGAUGAAGUUUGGUACAAUAUAUGAAGAGUACCUUCGGGAAGAGCAAAACAAAUACCUAGCAAAGUGCUCACAUGUGGAGUACAAACGUCUCAAAAAGGUACUGAAGCGAUGCCGAGUUGAUCGCGCAUUGCAAGAACAUUGCACCAAUGUUGACCAGCAGGAGGAGGGGGGCAAUGAAUCUCCAGAUAUUUGCAAAUGCAAUUCGUGCACAUCGUGUGAUCAAAUGUUCUUUACAGAACUUACCAAGGAGGCUUCAGAAAUAGCUGGAUGUUUCAGCUCUAGAGUACAACGUCUCCUAAAUCUUCAUGUUCCUUCAGGAUUUCUCCGCUAUAUUUGGCGUGUAAGGCAAUGUUUUAUAGAUGAUCAACAAAUCAUGCUUCAAGAAGGCAGGGUGCUACUUAAUUAUGUAACCAUGAAUGCUAUUGCUAUCCGCAAAAUUCUGAAGAAGUAUGACAAAAUACAUGGUUCUGUGAGUGGUAGAGAUUUCAAGAGCAAGAUGCAAACUGAUCAUAUUGAAUUGCUGCAGUCCCCUUGGCUGAUAGAGCUGGGUGCUUUCCAUCUAAACUGCAAUAGUUCAGAUAUAGAUGAAACUGUAGGGUUCCUUAAGAAUGAGUUCAAGAAUUUUUCCUGUGAUUUGACUGAAGCACGGCCACUAAUGACUAUGGCUAUUUCUGAAACUAUGAAGUACGAGUACAACCUAACUUGUCCAAUUUGCUUGGAUACUUUGUUCAACCCAUAUGCACUUAGCUGUGGCCAUCUCUUUUGCAAAGGGUGUGCUUGUGGAGCUGCUUCUGUGUACAUCUUUCAAGGUGUUAAGUCUGCACCUCCUGAGGCAAAAUGUCCUGUAUGUCGAGCGGUUGGUGUCUUUGCUCAUGCGGUACACAUGACUGAACUUGACUUGCUUAUCAAAACAAGGAGCAAAGAUUACUGGAGACAGAGACUACGAGAGGAGCGCAAUGAGAUGGUGAAACAAUCCAAAGAAUACUGGGACUCUCAGGCUAUGCUGUCAAUGGGAAUCUGACUGAAUUGUGUUGCUCGCAUUGGUGUCAACCAAAAAGAUUCAGGUCCAACUAAUCUCAAACGCGGAGAUCAUCCAAUAUGAUUUAACUUAUUAUUAAUUGCCACUCUGCUAGAAGUUCCAAUCAACGAGAAGUACCUUGGGAUAGCACAGGCUAACACAGCUGAGGUUACUUCAGUUUAGCCCUUGAAGUUGAAGCAGCAGCAGCUCCAUUCCAUUAUUUUUUGUCCUGAUAUUGUCACAUGAUUCAGUCUAGUUUGGAAACCAGCCAGGCUUAACUAAUUUCUUUGAUCCUUCAAAUGUAGUUGGGAACGAUUUGCACGCAAUUUAUGUUCUCUUCUUUUGUAAAAAUAAGGGGAGUGUAAACGAAAAUGUGUGUUUUCAAUAUCGCUCCUGGUAUCCACAUGCCGUUUCUGAAUGUGCUGUGACUUGUGAGCCAUCACCUCAGCCAAAGGGCAUGCCGGUUCGGAAUUUAAAAUGU